UGGGAAGCAACGGUUAACAAACAGAGUGUUCGGUUAGGGAGAGGGGGAAUAACGUAAUCGCGCCAAUGUCUGCGGAUAAUGGCGAUGAAGAUCAUCGGCCGGGAGAAAUCCAUCACGUCGAGAAGAUUCUCUCCAAUGGCGAUUUCUAUACUGGCCAAUGGUGCGAUCAUCUUCCUCAAGGUCAAGGAAAGUACUUGUGGAUUGACGGGUGUAUGUAUGUGGGUGAGUGGGAAAAAGGCAAAACCAACGGUAAUGGAAUGUUCAGUUGGCCAAGCGGGGCCACAUACGAAGGUGAAUUCAAAAAUGGGUAUAUGGAUGGUGUAGGUACUUACAUAGGUUCAUCUGGAGAUACCUAUAGAGGUUCUUGGGUGAUGAACAUGAAACAUGGGAAAGGGACAAAAAGCUACCCAAAUGGUGACUGCUACGAUGGAGAAUGGAGGAAGGAGUUUCAGGAUGGUCAUGGGAGGUAUCAAUGGAGGAAAGGUAAUUAUUAUAUAGGACAAUGGAAGAAUGGGAAGUUCAAUGGGAAUGGUUCAAUGAUGUGGACAGAUGGGAAUAGGUAUGAUGGUUGCUGGGAAGAUGGUUUGCCUAAAGGGAAUGGAACAUUCAGAUGGGCUGAUGGGAGUUUCUAUGUUGGGGUUUGGAGUAAAGAUUCAAGGGAGCAAAGUGGGACUUAUUACCCUGCGGGUUCUACUUCUUCUGGUCAUAAAGAUUGGGAUCCUCAAGAGGUGUUUUCUGCUGUUUUGAAUGAUUGUGUAGUGUACCCGUGUGAGGAUGUACCAAUUUAUCCUUCAGAGAAGAGGCUAAACUUGCCUGAGAUGAUGGCUAUGUUGCAGUCAGUUUCCAAGAAGGGAAAUGAUGGUGGGAGGACUAGGUGGAUGUCUGCGGAUGCAAGGCUUAGUAGUUAUGGUAGUGAAGAAUUCCGUCGUAAUUCUGAUGUAGAUAGGAGAUCAAGUCAUGGGUUUGAAAGUACAGGGACUUUUCAGUUUGAAGAUUCUGUUUCAAGAGGAAAUAAACCGCCACAUUUAAGAAUAAAGCCUGCCAAGAGACAGGGGGUGACCAUAUCCAAAGGGCAUAAGAACUAUGACCUCAUGCUUAAUCUGCAGUUAGGAAUCAGACAUGCUGUAGGAAGACCUGCUCCAAGUGCAUCCCUUGAUUUGAAGCCUUCCGCAUUUGAUCCCAAUGAAAAAGUGUGGACCAAGUUUCCACCAGAAGGAUCGAAGCACACACCACCUCACUCAUCUUGUGAGUUUAGAUGGAAAGAUUACUGCCCAGUAGUGUUCAGGGCUCUUAGAAAAUUGUUCAAAGUAGAUCCAGCUGAUUACAUGCUAUCCAUAUGUGGGAAUGAUGCCCUUCGGGAGCUCUCAUCCCCUGGAAAAAGUGGAAGCUUUUUCUAUUUGACCCAUGAUGACCGAUACAUGAUAAAGACAAUGAAGAAGUCUGAAGGGAAAGUCCUCUUGCGUAUGCUUCCUGCAUAUUACAAUCAUGUUCGAGCUUUCGAAAAUACUCUAGUGACCAAGUUCUAUGGUCUUCAUUGUGUUAAACUAACAGGUGCACAGAAGAAGGUACGAUUUGUCAUCAUGGGAAAUCUAUUCUGUUCCGAAUAUGCCAUUCAUAGGCGCUUUGACUUAAAGGGCUCUACCUUUGGUCGUACAACCGAUAAACCUGAGGCAGAAAUAGAUGCAACGACCACCCUUAAAGACCUUGACCUAAAUUAUCUUUUCCGGUUGCAGAAGGACUGGUUUGAGGAAUUUUGCUCGCAAGUGGAUAGGGACUGUGACUUACUUGAACAGGAAAGGAUAAUGGAUUAUAGUAUGUUGGUUGGUCUUCACUUCCAAGAAAAGCAAACUAAUAAAGAUUCUCUUACGCCUACCCGUACUUCAGGAGGUUUCACUCCUAAAGAUGGACACUUUGACAAUGGUGGAACUCCUCGCCUUUCAAUAGCAGAUAGGGAUAAGCUUCUCAUAAGUCCUAGUCGGUUGCCGUCCAUUCAACUAGGUAUAAACAUGCCAGCAAGGGCUGAACGGACUGUGAGAAGAAAUGAGGGUGAAACUCCUCAGCUGGUUGGAGAACCAACAGGGGAAAUAUAUGAAAUUAUAAUCUUUUUUGGCAUCAUAGACAUAUUACAAGACUAUGAUAUCAGUAAAAAGCUUGAGCAUGCUUACAAAGCAAUGCAGUAUGAUGCCACUACAAUCUCUGCUGUUGAUCCUGGGCUAUACUCGAAACGCUUUCGUGAUUUCAUCUUCAAAGUUUUUGUUGAAGACACUUAAAAAGUUAAAGUUUUGAUACUAAACAUUCAACUUACAGCCAGAGGCCAUCAGAGCGAGGCAUUUACGGCAAUGAGUUCACUAAUUAGCUCAUUCAUUCCCAUUUUGGCCCCAGCUAUGCUGAUUUUGGGGGUGUUUUAUGA